AUGAGUUCUGGUGUUCAAGAUUUGUGGAAAAUACGAAAUGAUCCUGAAUAUCGUAACUGGCACGCUGUUGGUGACGCUCUUAUGUUCCUCAGUGAUGGUCUUAGGAAAUAUGCUGAGAAUAAGAUGAAAGAGUUUCAUGCUUUGAUAUCGAAGAAAGUCGGUUCUGCAGCCAAAUGCAAUUGCAAGAUUAUCCCUGGGACGAAACCAAACCCUCAUGGUCGAGCAACAGCUUGUGUUUGGGCCCAAGAAUUGAAAAAGAGUCACAUUUUUAAAAAUAAAACUCAUAUUCCUUGGGAUCAAAGUGACAGUAGCAAAUGGCUUGACCCUGCUGUGGGUUACUGGGAGAUUGCAAAGUUGUUUAUGUCAGGUAUAGGAUCGGACCCGACCAAAGUUACGGACCCAAAUUCCACAGAUGUUAGUCCUCUACUUAAUUUGUUUAGAUUUUGUAAACACUUUAACGUUCAGGCGCCUUUAUUGAAAGCAGUUACAGAAAGAAGGAAUCAGUGGGCUCAUGCUCCAAAACGCAGACUUAGUGACGGCGAUAAAAACGCUGCUUUUCAAGACAUUAAACUUUUAAUGAAUGACCCAGAGUUAUUGAUCAGCAAAGAAGUUCAAGACUGCAAACCAACAAUUAACAAAGUGGAAGCGGCGGAUGUUUUAAUCUUAGAGGAGAAUCAAUUGCGUCUAAUCGAAGAAUACCGACGUAUUCAGGAAUGUGAGAAUGUUCGCACGAGAGAAAAGACCAUGGUUAUUUUUACACUACUAUUGUUUAUAAUGUCAAUUCCUUGGCGUUCUGUUCCCAAUUUACUGAAGUGGUACUGUUUAACAGUAUUUCUCAUAUUUUCUCAAGUUGGUGACAGGAAUGGAAUAGUAUCAGAUGAGG